AUGGUAUCGCUGGAGAAAAUAAAACUCCCCAACAAGCACGUAUUCAAUGGCAAGGAGUUUCCAGUUGCAUACAAGGUCAUUAAAGAUCCGGACGACGACAGAGAGGAGUAUGGCGUGGAUGAUACAUUGAAGUUUUUGGAGGACCAAUCCAAAAAGGGGCUCUUUAAAAAGUUGUUGAAAAGGCAUGGUGUAGUGGUACUGAGGUGCGGAAAGAGGCUGGACUCAAAUACCUUAUCCAAGUACAUUUCUGCCAUUGGUGCCAAUUCAGGAGACCAGCCCUUUGAGCAGAAUGGCUCCACUGCAAAAAGAACUGAAAUCACCGAGACUUUGAGCACUGCCAACGAAGGUCCAUCUAGUAUAAGAAUCCACCAGCAUAACGAAUUUUCUCGUUUUGUCAAAUACCCUACUAAGCUAUUCUUCACUUGUGUAGAGUAUGCUGCAGAAGGUGGUGAAACACCAUUAGUUCACGGCGGAGAAUUUUUCCAAAGGAUAAACGCAAAAGCGCCCGAAUUUCUUAGGGAAUUGUCCCAACGAGGACUAUACAUGGAGCAGAUCUGGCCGUUGAAGUCGGAUACUAACACGAACUGGGCGAACAAAUUUUGUUUCGGGAGGAAUAUCGACCCCCGCGAUGAUGAUUUCGAGCAUCAGAAGCUGCAAGCCAAACAGCUGGCUGAAGAGAUUGCCAGCCCAGACUGUGAGUUUACGCCCGAAAACGACUUACUUAUUCGUCAGUACACAAAGCCAAUUAGAGUCUAUGAAGGUGACGGGGAGUCCUUCCCAUGUUUUUUCAACAGUCUUUCAACAUUCUACGCAUACACGAAGUACAAGGUUGCAGAGUACGGAAAGACUAGGAGCAUUUGCUACAACGACGGAGGAGAGAUCCCGGCAAAAUACCUCGAUCUCGUUCUUCAGACGUCGUUGGACCUCGCCUAUGCCCACCGGUGGGAGGAGGGCGACAUCGCCAUAGUGGACAACUACAUGGUGAGCCACGGUCGACUCCCGUGGGAGGGCGUGAGGCGUAUUUUGGUCAGCAUGUGGGAUGAGGUAGAUAAACCGGAGUACGCACCGUGGGUAGCUGCGACCUGA